GGUCAAGAAUAACCUUCACAAUCCUCGACCUGCAGUUCCAAUCAAUAACCCGCAUCCUCUUGUUAUGGGGGAAAAUGGCUGGCAAUAUUUUCACCCCCGUCUCCUCAGAGUCACCUCCAAUCCCAUCCCGCUCAGAUCAUCCAGUGCGAAGAGAUGGUGUCUUCACAAGGUCAGCCCCCAUGGAUGAUCCAAGACAGAUUCCCUUAGGUUCUCCCGCCGAGUAUCCUCUUCAAACCAACAAGUUUUAUGCGAAUAUGCUCUUGGGUGAUCGGUCAAACUCGGUAUGGACACAUCCGUACUCAGUCUCAUGGGCCAAGGGCAGAGGAAAUGCAAAGAGUUGGGGAAUCAGCAUCUCUCAUAUUGAACGUCAUCAGCUUGCGUUAGGGCCCUUGAAACCAAGCGGUGCCGUACAAUAUUUCAUCAACCCUGUUGGGAUCCAGUCUAUGAUUCUCUCGGCUACCGAACUAGAUCCUUCAAGCGUAUUGACAACCGAUUCAUUGACAGCAUUCAGUGUGAAUGUCAACCUGUCACAGGCUGGAUUUCCACCCCUCAUAACAUUUCCGCUGCUUCAAGGCAUGGGCUUUGUGACUGCUCUUUACAAAUCAUGCAGGCCCCUUAUUCAAAGUUCAGUCUUAUUCAGGGGGAUGGAGCCGGCAGGAUCGCUCCGGAAUAUCACUUCAAAGUUUCGCGCUUUUCUCGAAGAUGGCUCGAUUUGGAUGAUCUAUCUAACUCCAUAUGGAGGCCACAGAGAAAGUCUUUCGAUGGUCAAUAACACGACAUUACAGGGACGUGAUGGGUUUGGCGGAAUGAUUCAAGUUGCAAAACUUCCCAAAGGUGCCUCGGAGGAAAUUUACGAUACCUGCGCUGGAACAUAUGCCAUAUCCUGCGAUUUAUCUGCAGAGGUGUCAGACGAUAAUUGCCAGUAUCAUUUGAAAUGGACGAAGUCUGGCUUACAAAACCCGCUUCUGAUGUUUGCGCUUCCGCAUCACGCCAGUUCUUUUGACAGGAACACCGUCAUGGCGGUUCGAAAUCUUCAUUUGCAGACAACCACGAAAGGACUGGCGGUUGCAGUCAUGUCGGAUUGCUGGACAAUGAGGGAGAGGCUUCCCAUUGAUAUCGGGUUCGCACCAUGGCAUCCGGCAAAGGGCUCUAUAACAAAUGUUUCUCCUGCUGCGACUCGAACGAUAAGAGCUGUGGGCGAGAAAGAAAUAGCACAGGACUUCCUCUCACAAUGCUGCUUGGAUAGCAUGUAUUUUAGCGGCAAAGGAUUAGCGAAAUUUGCAAUGAUGCUUUUUGUCCUCCGCGAUCUUGUCGAGUGUCCGGACCUUGUUCAAUCCGGACUGGAGAAAUUGAAACAAGUUUUUGCUGUGUUCAUCUCCAACAAACAGCCCAACCCUCUCGCCUAUGACCAGGUCUGGAAAGGGGUCAUCUCGAUCGCAGGAAUGAAAGAUGGACCAGGUGCAGACUUCGGCAAUUCAUGGUACAACGACCAUCACUUCCACUACGGCUAUCACGUCUACGCUGCUGCAAUGAUCGGGUAUCUUGAUCCAAGCUGGUUACAAGAUCUGCGGCAUACGUCCUGGGUGAACAUGCUCGUUCGGGACUUCGCCUCUCCCGUGUGUGAUGAAUAUUUCCCAUUUUCUCGAUCCUUUGACUGGUAUCAUGGCCAUAGUUGGGCGAAGGGUCUUUUUGAGAGUGCCGAUGGCAAAGAUCAAGAGAGUACAAGUGAAGAUGCCUUUGCUUCCUACGCACUCAAGAUGUGGGGAAAAGUCACUGGCGAUCGAAAUUUGGAGGCUCGUGGAAAUCUCAUGCUUGCAAUUCAAGCCAGGUCAUUCCCGACGUAUUUUCUCAUGGAGUCAAAAAACAACAUUCAUCCUCCUCAAUUCAUUGGGAACAAAGUGACAGGCAUCUUGUUCGAAAACAAGGGAGAUCAUGCGACAUACUUUGGGUCCAACCUCGAAUAUAUUCAAGGCAUCCACAUGAUCCCUUUGAAUCCAACAUCAGCCCUUAUUCGAAGUGUUCAAUUCGUGGAAGAAGAGUGGAAUACAUACUUCAGCAAUGGUCGAUGUAACCAAGUUGAUGGAGGCUGGAGAGGGAUCUUAUACGCGAACUUGGCUCUUGUGAAUCCAAAAAAGGCAUUCGAAUUCUUUUCUCAACCAAAUUUUGACAUGAGUUGGAUCGAUGGUGGAGCUUCAAGGACUUGGUAUUUGGCAUAUUGUGCUGCACUUGCAGGGCUGUGAUACCUCCGAGGGUUGAAAAUGUCGAAGGAC